AUUUUAUAAAUAUUUGUCGAUUUUUUUUUUUAAAUGCCCAAAGAAAAAACUUCAAUAGUGGUGCGAACGCGACCACUUGUUUCUGAAUUUAGUGAACAAGUUUUUUCAACUGAUGGAAAGAUUUUGUCUUGUAAACCAUGUGGAAUAAAAAUCAAUUGCUCAAAACGAUUUUCUGUAGUGCAACACAUUAGAACAUGUAAACACAACUGUUCUGUAAAACGACAUUCAGAUAAAAGAGAACUAACCCAAAAGUUAACCACUCGGUCUGCAUCAACUACCAAAAAAUCGACAUUUAAUUUUGAUUUAUGUAAAGCCUUAGUGUCGGCUAAUAUCCCAAUUAAAAAAAAUUAAUAAUGUCGAAUUUAAAUCAUUUUUGGAGAAAUAUACCGGUGAAGUCAUUCCUGACGAAUCUACUUUGAA